AUCAACACUCAUUAUGGGAGUCUAAUCUGGGAGACCAUUAUUCUUGUUUGUGUGGUUGUUUAUUUGUGAAUGCAGGCUGCUGGAACACCAUCCAUGAAGCUGUAGUUGCAGAUAUUAUGCCACAGAAUGCUGAAGCUGAAUUUGAGUGGAAGCAACAACAACUUCACAGCUGUGGAAUGCAGCAGCUACAAAGACCAUCAACAAGAGGAGUUGCAACCAGUCACAGCAUCCUUGCAGCCAAGAGUGAUAUUUGGGACUUCCUUAGAGAAUUAUUCCCCAUUUCACACUCUGAACUGAGGAGACAGCAGCCUGGCAGCUUAGGAUUUCACCAACACACCAACACUAGCCCCAGCAGCAGUAUUCAGCAACUCCAACAACUUCACCCUGCAGCUCAGAUGGACCAUCUACAAUUCUUGUUAGCAUGUUGUCUUGUUUUUGUGGACAUGUGCAGGUACUUUAAUGAGCUGAACACUUCAAAGGGGCUGAUCAAUCCCUCUUUGGAAGCAACAAGAACCUGUGUACAGGUUCACAAAGAGUCAAACAAAGGGAGACAGCAACAGCUUCCUUACAGCCAAGGCUCUUGGAACUCCUUCUUGGUUUAUUUGUGGAGGUGCAGCAACUCAAGUCAGGGCUGCACCACAUACAAAAUGCCUUUUUCAAAAACUGGAACUCUUUGGAACAGCUAUGAGGGAUGCAAUGUCCUGGGGCUUCUAUGGAGCAGCCUUCCAACCACAUUCUCUAACAUCAACACACCACAGCAACAACUCAACCAACUUGCAACACACAAGGAACAUGGGUGCAGCAGCCUGCAGCUCUCUUUGGUGGUAAGGACUGUUGGUUGUGUUUGUCUAUGCAGGUACUCCAAGAGGUCUAACCACCUCAAAACAAAGACCAACAAGCAGCCCAGGGAACCUGCAGCCAUCAGCUUCAGCAACCUGCAAAUUGCCAGCUGCUCAACCACAUACCAAACAACAAUUCAACCACAGAGCUGAAGCUGAAAGUGCAGAAUUGCAAGAUGAAGCUCAACAGCAUCAGCAACAACAGAUGCCAAAACUAACACACUCCCAUGUACCUCCAGAAUUGGUUGCUUGUGUAUGUUUCUGGUUUUGUCUGACUGUCCAGCCUCCGUAGCUGGUAAUCAUGAUACUGAUACAAAGGCAUACUUCACAUGGAUUUACUUGGUACGACAAGACUAAGAAGAGCAAAGAUGAAAAGAAUUUCCCAUCCCAUGCGAGAUAGAAGUUUCGUAUACUUGUUCUUCUUCAAUGUAGCUAUGUCUGGUACGUAGCAUAGUUGGAAUAGGACUAGUGUAGGUUACUUUUCUUUUUUCUCAUGGAAGGGGAGAGUCUCCCUCAUUUAUGCUUUCAUAGUUAAAUUGUACCGGGAGGAGUCCUCUCACAGGUUUACUGCUUUCUAGUUAUAGUUAGUCUCUUUUUGUACCGGGGAUGAGUUAGCCGACCUUAAUAGGUUAGCCGACUUAUGAACCACCAUAGGAUCGGAGGUAAGGUUUAUGUCCCCCUCCUUGUAUUUUUAUUUUGAUUAUUUAUGUUAAGGCUUGGGGGUGUUGCUUAACCCCUGACUGUGCACGAGAGGUGGGAGCCUCG